GUGUAUGCGUCCUUGACAGUCAGUGACCCACGUGACUUUCGGCUAACAGUCACGUAAAGCUAUCAGCUAGCCGAACUUAUCCAACUGAUUAAGGACAGACUGGAGUUUUGCUUUAGACUAAGAUCUUUUGAGCUACGUCUUAAAAAGCAGAAUGUCCUCUAACUGCAGACCUCUGCUGUCUCUGCUGCAGCGGUGUGUCGCACUCAGACAGUUGAAAAGCAGAAGCAGCGUGGUGCCUGAGUUCAGCUGGAGCUCCAUUCAGCAGCGAGCCUGGACCUCUGGGAGACCCGCAGUCUGUCUGCGGACUCUCUGUCCGCUCCAACCCGCCUGGACAAGCGUUCAUCACCGGUUCUGCACCAAGGCAGGGUCACCAUGCGAAGAGGAAUACCCUCCUCUGCCAGACUAUCAGGCCGAUUCCCAGUCACCAACCAAGGAGGUGUACAUCGUGCAGGUGAAGGGCUUUCCCUGGUCCUGCACCGUGCAGGACCUCCUGCAGUUCUUCUCAGAUUGUAGAAUCCGUGACGGAGAGAAGGGGAUCCACCUGACUUUGGACAGGCUGGGAAGGCCGUCCGGACGCGCCUUCAUCGAGAUGGAGCACGAAGAGGAUGUGACCAAGGCUCUGGAGAAACACAGACAGUACCUCGGUCCACGUUAUGUUGAAGUGUAUGAAGUGACAAACGGCGACGCCGAGGUGAUCCUGAAGAAAGCCGGCGAGGCCGGAGCAGAGGACGGCGUGGUGCUGCUCAGAGGGCUGCCUUACUCCUGCACAGAGGACGACAUCGCUCACUUCUUCUCAGGUUUGAAUAUAGCUGAAAACGGGAUCACCAUCCUCAGCAACAACAGGGGGAGAAACUCUGGUCAAGCAUAUGUGCAGUUUUCCUCUCAGGAAGAAGCCAGUAAAGCUCUGCAGAAAGACAGAGAGCUCAUAGGUCACAGAUAUAUAGAGGUGUUCCCCAGCAGCAUGGACGACAUCCAGACCGCCCAGAGGAGGAGGAGGACAAUGAAGCCGAAUCUAUCCCAGCCGGCGAGCAGGAGAUCAGUUACUGACUCCCAGAUGAACCAUAGAGCGGUUUCCCAUCAGAUCUCAGAUGUGGCAACGCAUUACAUCCACAUGAGAGGACUUCCCUUCCAGGUUUCUGGAGAAGACAUCGCGAAGUUCUUUUCUCCUCUCGCCGUGUCCAAGAUCCUGGUGGAGUUUGGACCUGACGGGAGGCCGAGCGGAGAGGCCGACGUCUUCUUCCACAGCCACAGGGACGCAGUGGACGCCAUGUCCAAGGAUCGUAUGAACAUGGGACAAAGAUACAUCGAGUUGUUCCUGAACUCCAUACCAGACUCUGACUGACGAUGGACGUCAACAUACAAACUCUGAGAUCCUCAUAUUUAUUCUUUAAACAAUAAAAUAUGAAACAAACAUUCCUUGUGUCCAAAAUCAUGAGUAUCUUUAUUAAACAUUUU